CCGGAUUAAUGCUGACGCGUCCCUCUUGAGCUCUCCUAGCGACGUGUCAGUCCUCUUGUGCCUGCAGCCGAGCAGUCAGCUAGGAAGCUCAAUCACUCCUCACAGUUAUGGCGCCUAAAGUCAACAAUAAACAGCAGUCAGAGGAAGAUCUUCUUCUCCAGGACUUCAGUAGAAACCUGUCGACAAAGUCCACCGCGCUCUUCUACGCAAAUGCUUUCAUUGUUUCUGCAAUCCCCAUUUGGUUGUUCUGGAGGAUUUGGCACAUGGAUCUUGUCCAGUCUGCAUUCUUGUACACUGUGAUGACUCUGGCCAGCACCUACCUUGUGGCUUUUGCCUACAAGAACGUCAAGUUUGUUCUCAAGCACAAAGUUGCUCAGAAACGCGAGGAUGCCGUUUCCAGGGAGGUCACCAGGAAGCUUUCCGAGGCUGACAAUCGCAAGAUGUCCCGCAAGGAGAAAGAUGAGAGGAUUCUUUGGAAGAAGAAUGAGGUAGCCGACUACGAGGCCACCACCUUCUCCAUCUUCUACAACAACACCCUCUUCCUGGUGCUUGUCAUCGUGGCAUCCUUCUUCCUGCUCAAGAACUUCAACCCUGCCGUCAACUACAUCUUGUCAAUCGGCGCUUCCUCCGGACUUAUCGCUCUGCUCUCCACCGGAUCCAAGUAGAUGAUGAUGAUGAUGGAGGGAGGAAGGGUGGGAUGUUUGGGUUGAGUACUUUUUACUAAAGUUGGGAAUGAGGAACAGUAUCACAUUUCAACUUCAUGAAAUUCAUGAUCAAAACUCUGGAGGCUGUUGCUCCAGGUGUAUCUUUUUUUGUAACAAUUAAAAAAAAUAACCCAUCAUAUUUGA